AUGGCGAAUUCCUCUAGCGUAAUAGCUCAACUCAAUUAUUUAUCGUUGCAAGUUAAUCGUUAUUUACCCAUUCCACUAUUUAUCCUAGGCUCAAUCGGUUCGACAUUAAAUGUUCUUAUAUUUACGAGAAAAUCGUUAAAGACAAAUUCCUGUACCAAGUAUUUUCUAGCAUCGACCACAGCCAAUUUUUUUGUUAUAUAUUUUGUCAUUCUACUUCGGAUAUUAAGUGAUGGCUACGGAAUAGAUCCAAGCAUAUAUUCAAAUGAAUUUUGUAAAAUACGUUAUUACAUUACGUACACUGCGCGUUCAUUGUCAUCGUGGUUUAUUGUUCUGGCUUGUGUCGAUCGAUUUGCAUCAAGUUGUCAAACAGCAAAAUAUCGGAAAUUUAGCACAGUUCCAAUAGCCUAUUUUUCAAUCGCUACCGCAACACUGCUCGGUUUCUUGAGCUACUUACAUGUACCUCUUUUAUUUGGUGUUCAAUAUACAACGAAUGGAAUUCCAUCGUGUUAUGCUCUCACUGGCCCAUAUCGAAUAUUUGCAGAUUUGUUUUAUACCGUUUGCUAUGCAGCAGUUCCACCUAUAAUAAUGAUCACGUUUGGUAUUUUAAUCGUGUUAAACAUCAAAAAUACGCAUCGACAAAUUACUCCAGCUAUGUCUACUGGUGUUAUUGGUAAUCGUAGAAAGGAUCAUCACUUCAUGAUAAUGUUACUAUUUCAAGUGGGCACUAUUUUCGUAUUUACAAUGCCCAUUGCUAUAUAA